AUGAAGAAGGAUGUAGCAGAGCUUGUUUCUAGAUGUUUGGUUUGUCAGCAGGUGAAGGCAGAGCAUCAGCGACCCGCUGGAUUGAUUCAGUCCCUACCCAUUCCUAUUUGGAAGUGGGAUGAUAUUUCGAUGGAUUUUGUUACUAGAUUGCCGAGGACUUCACGGGGACAUGAUACUAUUUGGGUGAUUAUUGACAGACUCACUAAGUCUGCCUAUUUCCUACCCAUCAAGAAGACGUUUCCUUUGAACCGUUUGGCUCAGCUUUACAUUGGCGAAAUUGUUAGGCUGCACGGAGUGCCUUCCAGUAUAGUGUCUAACCUGAUUCCAAAUUUACUUCUCACUUUUGGAACGCUUUGCAGGCGGCUUUGGUAUUGGUAUGGCACCUUACGAGGCACUCUAUGGACGACCUUGUCGGUCUCCAUUAUGUUGGGAGGAAAUAGGGAUAAGGCUAUUCUUGGACCAGAGAUAGUGGAGCAAACGACUGAGAAGAUUCGGACUAUUAGGGCCAGAAUGAAAGCUGCUCAAGACAGGAAAAAGAGUUAUGCGGAUUGUCGGAGGCGAGCUUUGGAAUUUUCUAUUGGUGACCACGUAUUUUUGAAGGUUAUGCCAGUACGAGGAAUUCAGAGGUUUGGAGUUUCAGGGAAGCUUGGUUCAUGUUACGUGAGUCCAUUUGAGAUUUUAGAGCGUGUUGGGGCAUUAGCGUACUGGCUAGCUUUGCCUCCCCAGUUAGCCAGUGUGCAUAAUGUAUUCCAUGUCUCCAUGUUACGCAAAUAUGUUCCCGACCCUCAACAUGUGAUUGACUUCCAACCUCUUGAGUUAAGAGAAAUUUUAACAUAUGAAGAAUUUCCAAGCUGCAUCCUCGAUCGUAAGGAGAAGGUGUUAAGGAAUCGAGUCAUUCCCUAUGUGAAGGUGUUAUGGCAACAACAUGACUUUGAAGAAGCAACUUGGGAGCUGGAGAAUGAAAUGCGACGCCUUUAUCCCCAUUUAUUUGAGCAAACAGGGACGGAACCCAUAUGA